AGUACAGUUCACUUAUGAAACACUGAUGACGAUACAUCUGGGACUGUGGCAUUUGCAUGUGUUUUGCUAUGUGAAGUAAGGCAUCUGCAUAAAUAUGAUUAAGACAACAUAAGAAUACUCAUGUUUGGUGGCGAUGUUAUACACGUGAAAUCGACAAAUUAAUUACAUGGGAUUUAUUGGCUGCGAUAUAUAUGUGUGAUACACGACUUUAACGCCAUUGGAGAAGAAAGAACCAACUCUGCGGCGUUUCCACGUUUCAGGGUGAGCAAUGAGGCAUAAAACAAUGGAGGCUGCAUCUGUUGCUAUUACGGUGGCCAUUCUAUGUAUUGUACAACCUGUAUCCGGUACAGAUGUUUUAAUUUGUGAGAAUGAAUCUGCCACUCUGUCAUGCUCCUUGAUGGAGGUUGUUGUUAUCCAGAGCGCUUUUUACGGUCGAAAAAACCAACAAACAUGUGUUCGAGACGGCCAAUCCAUGAAGGACACAGCUUGCUCCUCAUCGGUAGCCUUCGCCAGAUACAAAGCACUCUGUGCUGAAAAACAAACCUGUACUGUGACCGCUAGUAAUUCUGUGACGGGAGAUCCAUGUCGAGGCACAUACAAAUAUGCACGAAUCUCAUACACCUGUGUGUCUACUUGCGAUACAAUAACUGAUUGCAUAGAUACGCAAUGUACCAGUAUCACUGAUCGGUGGUGUACACAAUGUCGGGAUGCUGACCUGUUCAAACUGGACAAUGGUGGAAGAUCGUGUACAAGAACUUGCUCUUGGGAAAACCGCUGGUGCUGGCCCGGGACCUGUGGUAGUCCUGACACACACAACUACGCAAGGAACUGUGAAUGUGAUGACGCUAGCUUUACGAGAGUAUAUGAUACAAAUCAGGCAAAGUGUGAAUUGACCAGGUCCCCUGAAAUCUUGACUUGCGGAAUGCAGAUCAUUGACAGCAACAACUCCGUCCUAAUGUCUCGCGUGCCAUCGGGACAACCAACGCAUUGCUCCAAUCAGCAGGACUUUUACGGCAACAUACAGGUUAAACAGGUGGUCACAGACACAAGUUUCGAUUUCCUUGUCAACGUGUCUCACCUGGAUUCUGUAAAGCCACAUUUCGUCCAUGAAUAUGCUUUCGGUGUAACUGACGUGUAUUUCGAUCUUGUGAAGAAAGCAUUGUCAGGUUCAGAAACUGUAACCACAUUUCAAAUCAAAGAAGACCCGGGAAGCACCAGCCCUGAGACUCUCGUGUCUUAUCACCGGGUCAUGGAUAACUAUGUCAGCAAUGGUGAUAUGGAAAAUGGACAACGGCUAUGUCUGCGAUUCGGCGUACAUGGAGGAGGGCAUCUGAUUGCCAAGAAUGUGCAAAAUAAUUCUACGAAUUUUAUAUCAUACACGAAGACAUCCACAUCGAGGGAUUUAUGUUACUGGUAUGAUGACGCAACGCCGAUACAUUGUCGUGAACACAACGUCUGUAGUGAAGAACCACUCUACUCGACCAGCCGCAUCCUGACGAGUCGAGACUUCACAGUGACGUUCUCGGGAUGGGAGGACCCCUCGCCUGUGACAGGAGAUGAAAAGUUUGCCUCCGGUAUAGACACGUACGUGGUAAACCUCUACGAGGUAAAGGAGUCAGGGACAGACUUCCUCGACGUUGGUCGUACUCCAGUUAUCCCCCCAAUCGAGCAAACUUCUCCACUAAACAUCACAAUACCAUCGGGCCUACAUAAUCCGGCUAUGUACGCUGUUGUGUUGGAGGUAAAAGACGUCGCUAACAACGUCAAACAAGCACGCAGAUUUUUCAUAUUCGACAAUUCAUCCAAAAUAUUUGCACGAGAUGAUAAACCGGUAUAUUCCACAACGGCAGCAAUAAAUACAGAAUAUAAGUGGCAAACAAACCUUGGAAAGAUCUGUUAUUCUUGGAUUGACAGAUACUACAAUGAUAAAUUAUACCACCUUAACCUGUUGAGGCCGAUAAAACAAGAUCACCACGGCUUGAUAUCCGGUGCCUAUGAACAGACAUCCGGAAUUCUCCCAGUGACAGGAACUGAAAACGUCCAUGGUAUAACAAUGUUUCUUUAUACAUUGACACGUGACGAGCAGUUGAUAGUUCUGGAAACUGACGUUCCUAACUUUACAUCACAGACCUUGUGCGUCUCUCCAACCUUGGGUGACGGGGAAACCUAUCGUGUAGACAUAGUGGCAAAAGAUAUUAUGAACCAUACGUACUCAGAAUCCCUAACAACUCGCAUAGAUUCAAGUGAACCUGAAAUAGUUAAUUUGUGGCUUGAAAAAGAUGGAUAUAAACGACUUUAUAUACACAACAGCUCCGACCUGUCUAAGAUGACUCUCACAUUUGAUGUCCUGGACAUCCACAGCGGCAUUUACUCUAUAGACUGGUCCCUUGGUACAACAUAUGAAAGUACCGAUAUCGGACAAGGUUCCCUGGGUGUUCAGCGACUCAACGCAAAUGCAUCAUGCCCGGAGGGAGCACUGACCUGCUACUGUCCUUCAGUAGGACCAUGUUUGUACUUCAAUUUCACGCUUACUUUGAAUUCCCUCAUACAUAGAAAUACCCAUAUAGGGAAUCACAACCGUCGGUAUCACUUCACCAUAACAGCCACAAAUGUAGCCCGCCUUGUCUAUAUCAAACAUUUAGAUGUCUUAGCUGACGAUUCGCCCCCGUCUCCUGGGGUUGUAAUAGAAGGGCCGUCCGGGACACCAGAUAUCGACUAUACUAGUGAGGAGUCGGUCAUCGUUAACUGGGCUGGAUUCAUUGACCAUGAGAGUGGGAUUAAGUUAUAUAGAGUAGGAUUGGCUACUGAGUGUCUAGGAAUUGCAGAGUUUCUUGGUUUUAAUAGCAGUAUCGCAAGCAACAACACAAUCAUUAAAGAAACAACGUUGACGUCUAACCGCUUGUUCCUACAAGAAGAAGGCAAGUUCUUCGUGACUGUUGUUGCCUACAAUAACGCUAUGGAACCGUCACAGCCUGUUUGUUCGGAUGGCAUCGUACUUGACAGGUCUGCUCCUGAGGUGGUAAAUCUAACAAUGCAAAGCGCGUGUAUUAAAGAAGCCAUUCAUUGUUCUGACGGAAGCGCUUGGUUUAUUUCAGCAAACUUAACUAAAUUCGAAAUGGGUGAUGCUGAUUGCAGCAGUCAGUGUAUGAAUACAUCAAAGAAUGACUUUGUCUCCGUUUUGCCCAAGAACAUCACAUACAUCACGCUAGCUGAUAACACCUGUGACAUAAGUUCUACACCUAGGAUUAUCUACCUCCCAAUCGAUCUGAUAAACCUUAAAUGGGAUAUAAUAGAAAACGAUAGUCAAGUGCACGAGGCCUUCGUGGGGAUAGGAUCAACAAAGGGAAGUGUGGCGAAUCCAGAUUUAAUAGAUUACCGUAAAAGCCAGCAUAAACACUUUUACAGAGAUAGACAUGCUGGUCUUAAUAACGGAGAUGAGUUUUACGUCUUCGUAAGGAUUACCAACAGUGCUGGCCUACAAACGACGGCAGUAAUUGGUCCAGUCCUCCUCGAUGAAUCACCGCCCCAUUGCCCGCCUAUACUUGUUGCCAGCCUCCGUGACGGUUAUGUGUACAUCCACUGGAAUAACAGCCAGUUCAGCGACAACGAGCAGCAGGAGGUUAUUUCAUCAUUCUUCUACCGAAUAGGACGAAAUGGGAGUCCUGUGUCCGGGUUCAAACCUCUACUCCAUACGAAAUGUGAAGAUAAAUCAUGCUUUAAGCUUGACGAGGCGCAUCUGCACAAGUACGAUGUGGACAAGCAAUUCGAGUUUUACAUCACAGUUUAUGCCUAUAACAACGCUGGUUAUCACUGUACUGUGAACACCGAACCAUUCUACCUUCCCUCUAGUUUCCCACCGGGUCAUGGCCUUGUUUAUGAGGUCAUACCUGAAGUAAGAUCGAACAUUACCAGAGACUACGAUGACGUCGACAUUUUGCUGGAAUCGUCGGAAUUAUGUGUUGCUUGGGAGGGAUUUGAACAUCACGGCACGGUCGAGUAUGAACUUGGAGUAGGGAGAAAUCCAGGAGCUGAUGACGUAGUCCCAUUUCACACUGUGCGUGAUGUCGGUGUUCAUUGUGAAGCAAACACCAACCUCCAACAGUAUAGCCGGUAUUAUACGGCUAUUCGUGCAUCGUCCUCAGGUGGAAAACGUAUCGGUACAUCGGAUGGCUUCACGCUGGUCAACGGAUCGGAUAUUGCCACUUCUAUUCUGCAAGUAUUUGAUGGACAAGGGUGUUUUGAACAAACAGGAACUUCUACGACCACGCUGUUCUUAACAGAAGAAUUCGAGUAUAUUCCAAGUGGUACACAAUUCCACGUCGGUCAUACAUAUACGCUUAUAUCAAACGCCAGUAUAUCUGUUUUCAGCAGAGAAGCACAUAUUUACCAUCAGGCACUAAUAAAUUACCUAUUCUAUACAGCAUUUGUUCCGAUAGUUCGGCAUCCCAGUUUCAAAGUGUCUGCAAAUGAUCAUGCAGAUGUCCAAGUGAGUAUAACUUUUGCCAGUUGUAACGUAGACAAUGACGUAAUAAUCGGAUCCAGGCAAAUUUUCGCUUACUGGGCUAAUAAUGAUUUCCUGAAAUAUUUGUCGCAUAGUGACUUGGAACUGCGGGUCAUACAAGGUGACAAAAACACAGAAGCUGAUCCGGUGACCAUUGCAUAUGGAAAAUCAAUUGGUGUUGUCGCCAACUACACUUUUAGGGACAUUCCGUUGCGAAAGGGAAGGUAUGUGGUUUCCGUUAGACCUUGUAUUGAGAACAUCUGUUUCAAUUGGAUCAACUCAAAUGGGUUUGUUUUAUUAGAAUCAAGAUAUGAUCGGUUCAACAUCGAGGCAUUCUUAGACAAAACUGAAGAUACAUGCUUAAACGUAAAACUGACAAUAUCAAACGUGACAUGUCCGUCUGGGAUAGACGACACACAUCUUGAUGACGUCAUCAUUCGUUGGGGUCUGUUCCUUGAUAACAUGGCAACAACACAAAUAUCAAACUGGAGUAUAUAUCAUCACUCUGAACGCGAAAAUGACGAUUUGACGGUGGAACAUUGUGUAGAAGUUCCAGUCUAUCCGCACCAGCCACUGUUUACUUGUGCAGAGGUCUAUUGUCUUAUGGGACCCUGUGGACAUCAAUGUGUUCCGGUUACGAUAAGAGAGGACCCAAAUCUGUUCGACAAAACCCGGUUGUACGAAGUUGAUUCGGACUCGGACGUUAUUAGAGACAUCAAGAACUCAAUCUACGCUGCUAAUAUAGGGAGCAAACUGGCUUGGUUACACAAAGCCGAGCUUGAUUUCUCUUCCGAGCCUGUGCGAGUUGGAGGAAUAAUUCUAGGAUUGGAAGAGAGUCCUGUCACCUGGUAUCUUCUAAAGGAUACCAAAAAUCAAUCCCUGGCGUGUGACGAUAACCCUUUGUGUGUUGCAAUCGUUCACACAAAUGGAGGGUUUUCUGCCUUUCAUGGAGUUAUCCUUGAAAAUGAAAUACUGUAUUAUGUCUGUGCUGAGGUAGCAAUACGUACAACUCAGUAUGGACAAAUCCACUCUGCGUUCCAAACCUGCGGUGAUGGAUUUGUUAUUGAUAGAAAUUCUCCUGCAAAUGGCGACGUUUCAAUAGCAUCAGAGAAAGGGUACAUCACAAGCACGCGUCACCUACUGGUUCACUGGGAUAACUUUCAGGAUUUCCAUGGUUAUGUAAAGAUGGGAUAUCCCGACGGUAUAUCGAGAUAUGAAUAUUCUAUAGGAAGCAACCCCUUCGGACAGGACGUUGUGGCAAAGACAACAAUCGGGUUGUCAAAUUCCGUGAAAGUUAACAACCCAAGUCUCCAUCCUGGUUUAACAUACUACGCCACAGUGACUGCAUUUGAUCACGUGGGUCAUUCGAGCACAGUGGUUUCCCCCGGAGUUCUAUAUGACGAUACGCCUCCUGUCAGGGGUACGCUUCAUGUGGGCACGUAUCUGAUGGUAGAAAACACUAUUGAGUCAAAGCUCAACGUCCAUUGGACAGGUUUCCAUGACGACGAGAGUGGAAUUGAUAGAAUUCAAUUAGGAAUUGGGUCAACACAAUCGGCACCAGACAUAAUAGAUUUCCGUGACGUCUCGGGUGAUUAUGCCACUUUCACUAGCCUGUCAGAUCUACAUGAUGGACAUAAAUACUUCGUAAUCAUACUGGUGACGAACAGGGCGAGAUUGCCAGUGUUAUCAUCGUCAGAAUCAUUUGUUGUCGAUCAAUCUCCACCUUCAGAGGGCUCCGUCCGAGAUGGACUUUUAUUUCGAACGCCGGACGUAGACUUUCAGGCUAACACGACUCACGCCGGAUGUCACUGGUCCGGAUUCAGUGACCCUCAUUCCGGAGUUCGGUACUACUUAGUGGGGCUAGGAACCCGACCUCUACAGGAUGAUGUCAGAACUUUGUCUUCUUUUGGAACCAAAACAGCAAUUACCUGGCAGCAUAUCGUUAUCCCUGGGGUAAACUUAUUCUGCAUUGUAAAAGCGUGUAACGGAGCAGGAUUGUGUUCAUCUGUGUCAUCCAACGGCUUUACUGUCGACAAUUCACCGCCAGUUCCGGGAAUCGUCCAUGUUGGAGUUGACGGACACCACUCAAGAUACUGGGCUCAUGAAGAUAUUAUUCAAGCUCAAUGGUUCGGGUUUUCUGACGUUGAAUCAGGAAUUAUGAGUUAUAAAGUUUGUAUACGUCAUAUCGCUAGUGACACAUGUGACAUUUUACCAUUCACAAACUUUCUGCUUGCUAAUUUAAUAACACAUGCGAUCUCCCUUCCUCAAGGCGAGGCAUUAUGUGUGGUGGUAAGGGCCGACAACCACCUCGGGAUGUCUACGGACAGCAUCUCCGACAGCUUCAUCGUUGAUCCGAUCCCACCCGUACUGAUCACUUCCCCAGUUCUGGAGUCAGAGGAAGGAUACACGUCAGCAAAAGAUUUAUACCAGUUCGAUCCAUCAAUUCUUAAACUGUCUUGGAUGUUUGAAGAUUCACAGAGUCCGAUUGUAAAACACAUUGUUUCUGUUAAAACCCAUCACGAGGGACACACACCUAUAGAGAACAUUCAUCUGACAAACGUAAACGAAUUUCGUAUAGCGCUUCCAAACAAAGACUGGUUAAAACAAGGAGAUGCAUAUAUCGCUACAAUAACAUCUUGCAAUGAAGCAGGACUGUGUACAUCCGCGAAUUCCAACAGUCUCUUAAUAGAUCCGACUCCUCCACAUCUUGGUGGAAUCACAGAUCCAAUGACGUGGCAUUCUGUUACGGAAUCGGGUAAAACUGUGUCGAACAUGAACGUCACGUUAACUGGAUUCAAAGAUGUCGAAUCGGGUAUCAAAAUGUACCAUAUAAUCGUUGGUGAAACAUAUAGCGGAUCGGAGCUUACUGAUGGUGUUCAAUCAUUCGUACCAGUCUCUUCUGAGGGAGUCACUGAAACCGUCCAGAUCGGGCUAAAUACAAAUACAAGGCCAGGACAAUUAUUGAUAAUCUCGGUAUGGGCAGAAAACCAUGCGGGACUGAGCAGCGCUAUGGGUAAAGUAACAGUGACUGUUGUGUCCUCAAACGAUAUCAACAUGCAAGGAGAACUUGAAAUUUUACGGCAUUCAUGUGAUGCUCACUAUUGUAACAAGGACUGCACAUGUGCAGUGAUAGGACAAAAAUGUCACAACGUCGAUGUAAUAUCUGAGUGUAAGUAUAACAAUCAAACUGACUCCAUAUCUUUGCAUAUCGAUAUUGUUCAUGGCUCCAAGAAUAAACCGGCGUCAGCGUCCUCAGCAUGCAUCUCUGCUCACUGGACAACCAAUGGAUCUGGAGUAGAAAAUAUAACACGAUUUGAGUGGAGUAUGGGACAGCUCGACAUGCCUGUUGGAACUGGGAUAUUUGAUCCUUUACUUGACAAUCUGUGGUAUGACGUGGGACAUCAAACGGCAUUUGUUCACUGUUUGAGCGGAGAAUGGUAUCUACAGCAUGGUAUGAGUUAUGUGGUCUACGUCAGAGCAUGGACUUCUGCGUCGGAAAUGACUGUGUUCGUGUCAUCCCCAGUUCAUAUCGACAAUACACCACCAGCUGCCAGAAGGGGACGUUAUAUCAUAGAAAACGACAAUAGGACGUGUGACGUUGACCUCGACUUCACAACGACGCUGGAUUCAUUGACGACAUGCUGGGCGAAUAUAUUUGUCGACUCUCAAAGCGGGAUAUACGCCUACCAUGUUUCUUUGGGAACCACUCCAGGAGGCGACGAUGUCAAAACACCAACUGAUGUCGGCUUAAACACUUCCAAGUCGUGGCCCGACUUAACCCUGUCUCCUGGAACUACAUAUUACGUCACUGUGACGGCUAUAAACCACGUGGGACUCCACACAACGCUUGUCUCGGAUGGGGUGCUGGUAGAUCAGGAAAGGCCAUAUGCAGGCAUCGUCUUCAACACAGACCAGUUCUAUAAUUCUCAUACUCAGAACUCGCGAGACGUUGGAGUAUCCUUCCGCGGCAUUGGCGACCGACAUUCAGCCAUUGAAACAUUCUUUGUAGCUUUAGACAAAUCAUUCAACAUUAGUACAGAAUCGCUACAGUUCAAAAGGACAGGUUUACGGAAUUCAGUUAAGUUUAUCGAUGAAAAUCUCACUGACGGACAGUGGUUUGUGUUUGCCGUCAAAGCGUUAGACGCUGCAGGGUUUGAGAGUGAAACAAUGUUCUCCCCGCCCGCCAUGUUUGAUUCUUCGCCGCCGACAGCAUUCGAAAUCCGCUCAGUUGAUACUUUGCACAACGAAACUGUAGUAGCAGAAAAUGGAACAUUAUUUUGGACACAGAAGUUAGUCAAACAUGCAAAAACAGAAGUAUAUAUGUUACUCCUAGUUUUCGAUGACAUUGCAGACGGUUACUUAGCCGAAGUAUCAUUUGAAGACCAAAAGAAUUUGUUUUCUAUUAGGGCUAACACUAAUGAUGAUUAUGAAGUCCAGGUUUCAUUUGCAAGCUCCUAUCUCUUUAUUGAUGAGCGAAUAUUGACUGUUAAGAUUGAAAACAUAGUGGCCGAUAUCAAAAUGAGACUUUUGUUGAAUGUCAGUGAGAACGUGACGCGUUCGAAUCAGAUAGAUGACGCUGUGAUUGUUCGACAGGUGUCGCCAUCGGAGCUAGUAGUGACAAUCAAUGUUCUGGAUGAAGAAAGUGGAAUCAAAGCGAUUUACGUCGGUGCGGGGUCCACACGUGGUGGGUUCCAGUUGCAUCCCCUUGUUCUAGUGUCGUCCUUGUCUAACAUAUUACUCUACACGAAGACUCCUCAUGGACAGGUGGUACAUGUUUCGGCAAUAGUAGAGAACCAUGCCGGAGAUCGCGGUCACUUUCACUCCCGUGCUAUCACUAUGGACCACACGCCACCGAUGAUAUCAAACGCAUCGAUGACUACGACUUUCAUAACCUCUGGGGAGCAAAUCUUUACCAAGGUUAGCAUCACGUGGGAGGUCCAGGAUGCUGAAAGUUCAUCUACAGAGUGCUCGUGUGCCAUCGUGAAUUUUGCGGACCAAACACUCAUUGACGGAAUUGAAAUAGUACCAUCGCUCAAACAAUUUCAAACAACACAUCUUACCUUGACGCAUGGUACGGUGAUAUUGGCACUCAUCACCUGUUUGAAUGAUGCUAAACUAAAACAUUUCAUAUCUGUUGGACCUAAACGUAUCGCCUUUCUCUCACCAAAUGUGGACAAUGCUAAAAUAUUCUUCGACACAUCGGUCAGGACAACUUCUGGAGUUCCUGUUAUCCGUCCAAGUUCGCCCUUAGCGUUUUCCUGGGGAGACGUCGACGACUCUUUUGAAAUCAAGGGUUAUGCGUAUCGUAUCCUUCAGGGUGACCAGGUGACGCGCAGCUGGGAGGACACAGAGAUGAGGACCUAUGUAUCGGUAGAGGACGUUAGUUUGACAGACAACCGUCUGUAUACCGUGGAGGUAACGACAUGUAACUAUGACGGAGUCUACAGCGAUGCCAUCAAUGCCUCUGUGCUUGUCCUUGAGGACGCCCCAUCACUUACAAAUUAUCCUCCUACGGUGACUAGAAGUGGUGACAGUUUGGAGAUUGCCUGGGAUAGUGUGUUUUCCGUACGACCCGACCUUUUGCCGACAUACUCCGUGAUUAUCGGGUCAGAAAAAGGAUUUGCCGACAUCUUAAGACGUGUGGAGACAACAGAACAGCGUCACGUAUUUCAGAAUACGUACAGCGGAAGUGACGUAUUUACCAUUAUCACCUGUACAUAUAUGACAGGGACGUCGGCUGUAGUUCGUGAAAAACUGUCUUUUUCCUAAACACAGAACUCAAUUGUACAUGAACAUCUUAAUAUUAUGUAACUAAUAAUUGAGAAUUAGUACAAGCAUCACCGUAACUUCAUUCAGCUACAAAUCAAACUACUCCUCCAUAUACAAUUAUACAUAUUAAUAAGCUACAUUUGUAACAUUAUCAUCCUGCCUUAUGUCAUUUCUGAUUUUUUUGUAUUAAAUGUUUUUUUCUUUAUCUUUAAGGCGAAUUCGAACCUCGAAAACGUCAUUAAAUUGUUAAGUAAAUUGUGCAUAGAUAAAUGUUUAGAUCUUUGAACGGCUAUUAUAUUGUAACAUAAAUGUUUAUAAACAAAUCAUGGUAUCAAUAGUUUCUAUCCUAUUUAAUGGUUUUGAUACAAUGUAUAUUCCAAUUACAUGUAUAUCCGUGGUUAUCUAACAAUCCAACAUUCCGUCUGUUCAUAUUUUGUAUUUUUGGAGUAAAACUAAUAAAAUAACUUUUUCAUAUCAAUUAUCUUUUUUUUUAUUUGCUCAUCAUGGUGACUAUAAUCAUAACUUGUCUAACAGCGUGCUUUCGUCUAGUGGGUAGAAUUGGAAGUUAAAACUAUCAUUCACAUCAAUGCGGAAUAAGGUUUUCGAUGACAUACACGUUACGCGCGAUGUUGGUGACGCCGCUUCAAAACACGAUGGCGCCCGCCAAAAGUAUCUCUGUAUUAUUCAGUUUUCAGAACUUGAUGUCAUAUUAUAUAUCACAGAAAAAGUUUUUUCAAGUUCAUUCGUCUUUUUAACAUGAAAAAUUCUGUUUCAUCUUAACAACCUCGAAAACGUCACAAAAACUCAAGUAACGCGUAACAUCUGCAGGGUAAGAGGUUUCAAAGAAAUUCUAUAAAUUCGUGAUAAAAGUGUGCAGAGAUUUAAAACCAAAGAUUUACGGAAGCAGAAAUGACGUCAAAAGUUUCAUUGGGAUUAGUGAUUGGCAUAUUUACCAAGUCUUCUCCAAACCGCUAUGAACAGAAUGUAACUCUUACCCAGCAGGAAGUUUGGUAUGAAUCUAUUGUGUUGAUAGGAGGAUAUUGUCAGAUAUUUGAGAUAUAUAAAGUUGUAUCUGUAAUGUGUCUUUGUCGAAAUUACCAAACAAAAGAAUAUUAUCAAUAUGAAAUAAAGUUUUCUUGUUACACAAGAAAAAUUAAA